CCCCACCCCCCCCGCAUGGCCAACGUCGCCAAGAAGGUGUCCUGGUCCGGUCGCGACUGCGACGACGAGGACGAGCGCGCGGGCGAGACCACCCCGCUACUCAACGGCACCGGUCCCGGGGUGGCGGCCGGCACCCGGCAGCUCACUCCUUCCUCCUUCCUGCGCAUUGGGCAGCUGAGCAAUGUGGACCUCAACGAGGAUGUCCGUGAGCUGGAGACGGAGCUCCCUCGGCAGCAUCCCAAUGAGAUCCCCCACAACGAGAAGCUCCUGUCGCUCAAGUAUGAGAGCUUGGACUAUGACAACAGUGAAAACCAGCUGUUCCUGGAGGAGGAGAGGAGGAUAAACCACACAGCUUUCCGGACGGUGGAGAUAAAACGCUGGGUCAUCUGUGCCAUGAUCGGCAUCCUUACCGGCCUCGUCGCCUGCUUUAUUGAUAUCGUGGUGGAGAACCUGGCUGGGCUGAAAUACCGGGUGGUGAAGGGCAACAUCGACAAGUUCACAGAGAAAGGAGGCCUGUCUUUCUCCCUUUUGCUCUGGGCCACCCUGAAUGCCAGCGUGGUGAUGGUGGGCUCCAUGAUCGUUGCUUUCAUAGAGCCCGUCGCAGCUGGCAGCGGCAUUCCCCAGAUCAAAUGCUAUCUCAACGGCGUGAAGAUCCCGCACGUUGUCCGCCUCAAGACCCUGGUGAUCAAAGUCUGUGGAGUCAUCCUCUCGGUGGUUGGCGGCCUGGCCGUUGGGAAGGAAGGACCCAUGAUUCACUCUGGAGCGGUGAUUGCUGCUGGGAUCUCCCAGGGAAGAUCCACAUCUUUAAAGCGAGACUUCAAGAUCUUCGAGUACUUCCGCAGAGACACGGAAAAGAGGGACUUUGUCUCGGCUGGAGCUGCUGCUGGUGUCUCGGCUGCGUUUGGUGCCCCCGUGGGGGGUGUCCUCUUCAGCUUGGAGGAAGGAGCUUCCUUCUGGAACCAGUUCCUGACAUGGAGAAUCUUCUUUGCCUCCAUGAUCUCUACGUUCACUCUGAACUCUGUCCUGAGUGUUUACCAUGGCAAUGCUUGGGAUCUCUCCAGCCCUGGGCUCAUCAACUUUGGCAGGUUUGAUAAUGAGAAAAUGGGAUACACGAUCCAGGAAAUUCCUAUCUUCAUCUUUAUGGGAGUGGUUGGCGGGAUCCUCGGGGCCCUGUUCAAUGCCCUCAAUUACUGGUUAACGAUGUUCCGGAUCAGGUACAUCCACCGGCCCUGCCUCCAGGUGGUUGAGGCCAUGCUGGUGGCAGCAGUGACAGCGACUGUGGGGUUCGUCAUGAUUUACUGCUCGAGAGACUGCCAGCCCAUCCAGGGGAGCACGGUGGCAUAUCCCCUGCAGCUUUUCUGUGCUGAUGGAGAGUACAACUCCAUGGCCACUGCCUUCUUCAACACACCCGAGAAGAGCGUCGUCAACCUCUUCCAUGACCCUCCAGGUUCCUACAACCCCAUGACACUGGGCAUGUUCACCCUGAUGUAUUUCUUCCUGGCCUGCUGGACCUAUGGCCUCACAGUGUCCGCAGGGGUCUUCAUCCCCUCCCUGCUGAUCGGCGCUGCCUGGGGGAGGCUCUUCGGCAUCUCUCUGUCGUACCUGACCAAAGGCUCAAUCUGGGCUGACCCUGGGAAGUAUGCCCUGAUGGGAGCUGCUGCACAGCUGGGUGGGAUAGUGCGGAUGACACUGAGUCUCACAGUCAUCAUGAUGGAGGCAACAGGCAAUGUCACCUAUGGCUUCCCUAUCAUGCUCGUGCUGAUGACAGCAAAGAUUGUGGGAGACUACUUUGUGGAGGGGCUCUAUGACAUGCACAUUCAGCUGCAGAGCGUGCCCUUCCUGCAUUGGGAAGCCCCAGUGACAUCCCACUCCCUCACGGCCAGGGAGGUCAUGAGCACUCCUGUCACCUGCCUGCGGAGGAUUGAGCGAGUGGGCACGGUUGUGGACAUCCUCAGUGACACCUCCUCCAACCACAACGGCUUCCCAGUGGUGGAGAGCAACCCUGAUACCACACAGGUCGCAGGACUGCGGGGUUUGAUCCUGCGUUCCCAGCUCAUCGUCCUGCUGAAGCACAAGGUUUUUGUGGAAAGGGCCAACCUGAGCCUGGUGCAGCGGCGGCUGAAGCUGAAGGAUUUUCGGGAUGCCUACCCCCGCUUCCCCCCCAUCCAGUCCAUCCAUGUCUCUCAGGACGAGCGCGAGUGCAUGAUCGACCUCAGCGAGUUCAUGAACCCCUCGCCCUACACUGUGCCUCAGGAGGCAUCUCUGCCACGGGUGUUCAAGCUCUUCCGAGCCCUGGGACUGCGGCACCUGGUCGUUGUGGACAAUCGCAACGAGGUGGUGGGCAUGGUCACCCGCAAGGACCUUGCCAGGUACCGGCUGGGGAAGGAAGGCCUGGAGGAGCUCUCGCUGGCACAGACAUGACGUGGGCUGGCGUUGCCCAGCGGAGAUGUGCCCUGGCCCCUUGGAGCUGGGGACACCCUUUUGCAGAGGCAGGGAGAGGACUGGGCCAGUCUGUGCAGGCAUCAUGGUGCCUGGAGCACCAGCACGGCCGUGCUGCCCUGGCUCUCCUGCCUGUCACUGCCUUCUCAUGUCUACUGCCUCCUUCUCACCCCUUCUUCUGCUUGCCCAAGGGAUCAAAAAGUAACCCUUGGUUCUGUUAGCUCCUGGCAUAGGCUCUGCCUGAGGGUUGGGUGAAGGCUGGAGUGGGCCGGGGGAGCAGAAGUGUCUGGCUGAGCUGGGCACAGUCCUCUGCUAUGGUAUGUGGCCUCUAUCGCCUUAUGCCCCCAGCCUGAACUGCCCAGGACCUAGCCCUAGCCCUAGCCCUGCCCUGGCCCCUGCGGCAGGGCCUGUGUGGGGAGCAGAGGGGGGACAUGGUGGGGUUCCCUCCUGCUCUCAGGGCCCCGUCCCCCCUGCCCUGUGCUCCUGCUGGCUGGGUUGGGCUGAGCCCUGGGGCAGGCAGUUGCAUCUCUGCACCUCUGGCUGGAGGAGGGGGCUGUGCUCUGCGCGGCUGUGCAAUAAAAGGGCUCCCAUGGUUCAGCAGCUGCCGCCUUUUGCUCUUUCUUGGCUCCGUUGGCCACUCUGACCCCAACCUGCCUGUGGGGGGACACCUGUGGGGUUUGGGGCAGGGGUGGGGAGGGGAGAGCUGCCUGCUCUGGGGCAGUGUUGGUCCUGCAGCCUGUGUCCCUAGCAUGUGCCCCUCUGCCGCUCUUGCUCUCCUCCCACCAUUGCUGCUGCCUCUCCCCUCUACCGAUGCUGGGGUCCAGAGUCAUGCCGGGUGUGUUUCUGCACUUGCUGCAGCUUGUUCUGGCCCUUUCCAGCAGCCUGGGCCCUGCCAGGCACCCUAAAACCCACCACCAGCCCUGGAUCUGGGCAGGGAGCAGAGCCUGCACUCCUCUGGGUGAUGAGGAGGGCUCCAGCCCCAGCACCUCAGCUCCCCCAUCUCCCACCAUCUUUGCUCCUCACCUUGGCGUUGUUCCUUGCCCUGGCUUGGGGCUGCCCCCUCCUCCCUCGGGCAGGGGCAACCUGGGGUCUGGAGGGACUUUUGAUUGCAGGAUACUGUGCUGAAAUAAAGCCUGUUUGUACUUUUA